AUGUCUUCAAGCGAUGUUUUGAUUCAUUCUGAUGACCCACGCCAUCCAGCAAACCUUAUUUGCACCCUUUGCAAGCAAUUUUUUUACAAUGAUUGGUGUACUGGAACCGGUGGUGGCAUCUCAAUGAGAGACCCGAAGACAAACUAUUAUUAUCUCGCACCAUCAGGGGUACAAAAGGAGCAAAUGACUCCCGAGGACUUGUUUGUUAUGGAUUCUCAAACGUUAGAGUACUUGCGUUCUCCGAAACUUUAUAAGCCAAGCGCAUGUACUCCAUUGUUUUUAGCGUGCUAUCAAAAGAAAAAUGCAGGUGCUAUAAUACAUACACAUUCCCAGAAUGCCGUAAUGUGCUCCUUGAUCUUUGAUGAUGAAUUCAGGAUUGCUAACAUCGAACAAAUUAAAGCGAUUCCAAGUGGAAAAUUCGACCCUGUGACUAAGAAAUCGAUAGCGUUAUCAUUUUUUGAUACGUUAAAAAUUCCCAUAAUUGAGAACAUGGCGCAUGAGGACGAAUUGAUCGAUGACUUGCAUAAAACGUUUACAAAUUAUCCGGAUACAUGCGCUGUUAUAGUAAGGAGGCAUGGUAUCUUUGUCUGGGGACCCACCAUUGAUAAGGCCAAGAUUUUCAACGAAGCCAUCGAUUAUCUGAUGGAACUGGCCUUGAAGAUGUACAAACUCGGGAUUCCUCCCGACUGUGGCAUUGGAGAAGAGAAGGAGCAUUUGAAAUUGUACCGGAAGUGA